AUGGGAUCCGCAAGUCCUUGUGCGGAUUUUUUGGUGGAGAAGAGUGUCUGCGCGACACUAGACGCAAGGCAACCGGAUGAAGAUCCGGAAAAAUCUUGCGUCCUCGAUAUGUUGGUGACAGCGGCACAUGCUCCGCAUUUGUCUGCGGAAGAGCGCCGGUCACUGUAUCGCUUGGCGGAUCUGCUGGACGUGGCAUGGAACCAUACAUGGCAAAGCUCAGAGGCACGCGUUGCUGCAGCUGAUGACCUGUAUGAGAUCCGUUGCUACGUUCCUCCGUCGUCCGAAGACAUCUGGGAAGGGAUGCUCGCACAAGCCGAGCUGAAUGCACGCAUGUGCGGCAUCGCGGCAACGAGCUUGCGAUAUCUCUACAGUAAGUUGCCGGAGACCGCAGACAUGGAUCGCACGCUGGCCUGGAUUGAUGUGGCGCAGCGAUGCCUCUCGACCACGGGGCAGAAGUUGCGUGCGCUGCAACGGCCUCCGAGUGAGGCAGAGGGCUGUCACAACAUCCAAAAUUCCAUCCGCAGGAAUCUGGGAGACUCGGCAGAAAUGACCUCUUGGUCAGCGGAGGAAUCGCUGGCAUUCUUCAAACGCUUGACAGACGAGAAACGUGCGGCAGGUGAUGGCACCUUGUCUUGGAAGACGGUGAGAGCUGCCAUGGUCACCACGUUGACGGAGCAGAAGAUUUCCUCCUUCUCGACAAACGUCGACGCAGAGGAAUUGCCGUUGACGGUAUAUCAGGCCCGCGGCUGGUCUGAUGAGAUCAUCAAGCGGUUCCCGUCUUUUCACAGCAAUGAGUACGGCUGUGAGGUCUACCGGGUGCCUGUGCGGCGUCUUAAUUGGAAAGAAGAGUUCGCGAACAUCGAGAACCGCAUCUUGCAAAAAGAACAAGACUUCGCACAGAAGAAGGGGAAGGGAGCGGGCAAGUUAGAUGUGCCGCAGGAGAAGGAAUCUCCAGCGGAAGCCGGGGAGAAAGGCGCUGCACAGAAAGCGGCGGCGGCACAGAAGAAGCUCGCGGGCCAGAACGAGCGCGUGGCAAAUUUAGCCGCGCGCGCCAUGGGUCCGCUGAGUGGUGCUGAGAGCGCCCUGACAAAGUUGCUGGCAAAGGCAGCGAAGGCUGAGAGCCAUGAUCCUGCUGCCUUACAGCUGUGCGAAGAGCAGUUGAAGGUGGGCCAGGAAUGGAGCAAAGCGGCCCGCGUGGCCGUGAACCAGCAACAAGAAAAUAAGGCCCACGAAAGCCAAAGUGGCACCGAGGUGUGUGAGAUUUCUCCGCUGCCCUUUACGGCGGAGGACUUGAAGAUCCACUUGAAGACGACGGGUGAGGCGCAGAGAUCCCUUCGAAACAGUUUGCCGCCGCCGAAAGCAAAGGCGAAGGCAGGAGCUGCUCCGUCGGCAGCGGAGGGUACUGAAGAACCAAAGCCGAAGCGACGUCGAGCCAAGUCAGAGGAGUGUCGACAGGUGGUGGCGCUGCUGCACCCCGCGGAUGAGGGCCGCAAGACCUGCUCCAGGCUGCAGGAUGUGCAUCCAGAGGCCUUACCAUGUCUACGUGAGGUUUCCGUAGAAAGGUCAGCGGGUGAUCCGCUCAUUGCGCACUGCAUGUCUUUGACUGCGCUCAUUGACGCCAAGAUAAAGGCAUGUCCUUUGUUUGCGGCGUGCAUGGAGCGGAUGUUCAAGGGGCAUGGCGCAACGCAGCCUCUCAUUUUUUAUGCGGACGACACGCAAGGAGGCAACACACUGGCGGCCACGUCCACUCGCAAGAGCACGCUGAUCUAUGCUGCCUUCUUGAACUUCGAGUUCUUGCAUCUCGAGUCGCUGUGGAUGACUCUGAGUGUCAUCAAGGCGUCAGACGUGGAGACGUGCAAAGGUGGCUUGGCGUCGGUCGUAACGGCUCUUUUGAGUUUUUAUCGCCACGAGACCGACUGCGGAUUGCCAGUUCGCAUCGGGGAUCAAGGGUAUGAGCUGCUGCUGAUACCCCAUAUCUUGUGGUUGAGCGACCACGAGGCCAUUCGCUCGGCCUUAGGCUGCAAAGGCAGCGCUGGCUACAAACCAUGCAUUAAGUGCCGGAAUGUUGUGGCUGCGGGCCGCGCUGGCACGGCUGCGCAUGUCGACAUCACCUGCGUCGAUGUCAGUCGCUUUGUCAAGCAAAGACAGGAACAUGUCGACGACAUAAUCGAUGUGCUAUCUUCGCAAGGCACAAAGAAACUGAAGGAACGGGCAGAAGUCAUGCUCGGAUUCAAAUUAUCUUCCCUGAUGGAAAGCCCACUGGGUCAGAGACAUUUGAGUUCCUUCUUCAAGCUCGACUUCUUGCAGUAUGAUGCCAUGCAUCAUUUGUUCAGCAACGGGAUCGUUGCUGAAGAGCUUGGCCUCUGGUUCGCUGCCUGCUGCAUCACCGCAGGCGUGACUGCGGACCAUAUGCGGCGCUACGCCUGCGUGGCGUGGAAACCCGUCAAAGGGGGUCAUGCGGAGGCUCCGCGACCAGACAUGUACUUUGUGGAAAAGCUUUGGAAAGUGAAUGCGGAUUUCCGGGGAGACGCGCAGGCAUGUCUCCACGCACUUCCGCUCUGUGUGGCGUAUGGCGAAGAGAUGCUGCGCGAUCCCUUUCCGGCACUGCAUUCGCAGCUGGAUUCUUUGAAGGCAUUGCACAAAGUGGUGGUAUGCGUCAAAGCUUGCAAAGCAAAUGCAGCGGCCGCGCGUGACUUGUUGCCUUUGCAGCAGGAACACAUGCGCUUGUUCAUUGCUGCGUACUCAGCAGACGCAUGCCGGCCAAAGAUGCAUUAUCAGCUUCAUCUUAAGGAACAGAUGGAUCUGUGGGGCAGAUCGAUCGAUUGCUUUGUGUGCGAAAGAAAGCACAGGCAGUACAAAGCGAUCUGCGGUUCCAAGUUGACAUGCAGUCAGCAAUCCUUUGCUCGCAGUGCUCUCCUGGAACUUUGCUCGCUGGAGUUGGCUACACCGCUGAGCGCAGACAAGCUUGCUACCACUUUUGCCGGAAAAGUUUCUGUCAGCUGCGCGCUGACACAGAGUCUCCGGACAGAGCAGCCUGUCCAGAUGGCAUCAGCCCUUGAGCACCGUAGCAUUCGUUACGGCAAGGGUCUCUUCAUACUGCUUGCCAAUGGCUUGGCCGCAGAAAUCAUCUGCGCGAUCCACACUGGCGAAGAAUUCGCCCUCUUGGUGGAGAUCCUCAAGCCACUGAGUGACCGCGACACCCCAGGGAAAACGCUUUGGCGGCGUCCGGCAGCUGGGGAAUGCAGUCGCGCGCUGCUGCCGGCAGUUUGCAUGGAUGUGAGCGAAUGGAUUGUACCAAAUACCGGCAAGAAACUGAAGUUCCUGCUCAUGAUGGAUUGCGCAACCAGAUUGAGGUCAGUUGUGCCUUUGAUGCCUGCCUAUGACAUCUCCAUCAUGAAGACUGAAUCAGCCGAGAUGUUGGUGCAAGCCGUGGCAUCUCAUUGGCUGGCGAUCUACCCCAAACCCUUGCACUUCGUGACCGACAGUGGCAGCUCAUUUACUGCUGCGAAGUUCGGCAACUUUUGUGCCGAUGCUGGGGUGGAUCUCACAUUCUCAGCUGAGAAAGAAAGCUGGGCUCAUGGAAUGGCUGAGCACGGAAUGAAGGACUUGAAGCACACAGCGUCCGCGAUACAGAUUGACUGUCCGGACUUGGAACCUGAAGUGACGUUGACCCUGGCUGCAUCCUCAUUGAAUUCUACAGAAUACGUGUCAGGAUAUACAUCUCAUCAAUGGGCCUUCGGCCGUGACUAUUCCAUUGGUGAUGAAGAUCGUCGUGUCCAUGCUCUUCACAGUGAUCGCUCCACCUUUGCAAACAUCGUGGCUGCGAGGCAACGUGCUGAAGAAGUGGCCAUACAGACACGAUCCAAGCGGAUCCUGUCCAAGCUCGGCAACUCCAAGGCUCGACAGCCCAUCAAGACAUUCAAGGUCACUGAGUUGGUCAAGAUAUGGCGUAAGGUUCUUCCACAAGAUGUUCACUCUGGACCCAGAGGUGGCUUCAAGCGUGCCAGCAAACCAGGUUGGGUUGGACCUGGACGAGUCAUUUUUGCUGAAGUUCUUCCACAUCAACCUGAAGGCGACGUGAGAAGACAUAUAGUGUGGGUCUUGAUGCAAGGCAAACUCUUCCGAUGCAGUGUCCACUCUGUUAGAAGCCUUACUCCCACCGAACGUCUUCAUCAUGAAGUUCACCAUCAAGAAGAUCCCUCAGCAUGGAAGACUCUUUCUGACCUGAUGCCGGCCCGUGAGUUCACCGACAUCACUCAUGAGGUCCCUGAUGAAGAUGAGCUUGAACAACAACUUCUUCCACCUCAACCAGAUCCCAUGGUGAAGGUUCCAGUUCAACGAAUCCAAGGGAAGUCCACGCUGCAGCCCUCAGACUGGAAAACAGUUCACCGGUCAUCUCCCAUUGGAAUUGGGAAUCAGAGCUCUUCGGUCCGUGGCCCUGGAUUUUUGCCACGACCGGCUGGACUUUCCACAUCACCAUCUGGACUUGGUGAUAAGAGCUCGACUGCCCCUGGACUUGCGGCAGGAACUGAUGAUACUUCAGCAGCUGCGUCUUCCUCCUCGCCCUCACCUCAGGAUCCUUCUCGUGUUGUGGACCUGACUGCAGAACCAGUCAAUGUCUAUGAACCUCCUCUUCGAGAAGGUGCUCCACAUCUACCUGAACCAGAGCCAAAGAAGCCUCGGACUGACGCCUAUGAUCUCAAGUGGGUUGAGGCACUGGAGCAUGAUGCUGCUCUUGAAGCUUCCCACAUGGACUUUUUCCAGGCCCUUCAGUCCAAUGAGGAGAUCCUGGCUGUCACCAUUGAUGUGAACCUUUCGAGCCAAAAGCAGCGCAAAGACUUUGUGCGCAAUGCCAAUGCCUUUUUGGUUCGCAAGUUGGCCAACAGUGAAGUGAAUCUGAAGCGCCUUAGUGAAUGUGAUCAAGAGCUUUUCCGUAGAGCGAAGCUCAAGGAGGUUGACUCAUUCCUCAAGAAUGAGGCUGUCCGUCGUUGCCUUGAUGACGCUGAGAUCAAGCGUGCCUACUCCACCAAGCGCAUCAUCCGUGCAAGGUGGGUGCUGACGUGGAAAGCCAUUCCGCCAGAUGAAGCAGAUGAGGCUAGAGAGGAUCAACAGACAAAUCCUCAAUCCACUGUGAACGCCCAGGGCAACAAGAAGGCAAAAGCACGCAUAGUGCUUCUUGGUUUCCAGCAUCCAUCACUUCUUGAUCCAUCGUUCAAGACCAGUGCUCCUGUGCAAUCAAUGGUGGGCAGGAACAUGAUCUACCUGCUUGCUGUUCAACACCAAUGGAGACUACGCGGCCUGGACUUGGCAACUGCGUUCCUUCAAACUCAGCCCACGAAAGCCGAUGAAGAACUAUGGACAUCUGGCGUGGCAGAACUUCGCACUGCCCUUGGCCUUGGUGAAGAUGGCAUCAUGCGAGUGCUGCGCAACAUCUAUGGAUCCACUACAGCACCGCGAGGAUUGUGGCUUGAUUUGCAUCGCAAAUUGGUUGAUCUUGGUGCUGUGCCUAUCCUUGGAGAACGGUGUCUUUGGGCUUGGUUCUCAAAGAUUGACAAAGAUGCCACUGGUCGCUACCCCUUGCUGCUGGGAGUGAUGGGCGGUCACGUGGAUGACUUUCACUGUGUGGGCAACCCACACUCCAAUGAAUGGAAAGUCAUUGAGCAAUCCAUUCUCAAUGCCUACAAGUGGGGAACUGAGAAGCGAGACAAUUAUCGCCAUGCCGGUACCGACAUACGAACUCACACUGGCAAGGUGGUGACUGAUGGACGCCUUGAACAUGCCAGAGAGAUUCAAGCCAUGAUCGGAGAAGUCCGACAAGAUCCAUCACAUCUCAGGUUCAUGAAGUUCAAGGAUGUGAAGAAAUGGGAUGAUGUUGUUUUCAUUUCUAUGGGUGAUCAAGCUCACACCAACAGACCCAAAGGUGAUUCCACUGGUGGCAUGCUUACCCUUGCGAGCGGUCCUGAGUCCGUGUCUGGCAAGGUCUCUCCUAUGUGCCUUCUCUCCUGGCGAAGCUGGAAGUUGAAGCGCAAGGCGAUAGGUAGCAAUGAUGCAGAAGUCCAAAGCAUUGUAGAAGCUGAAGAUCAAAAUUUUCGUGUGCGACUUUUGUGGUCAGAGCUACAUGGUGCAGGAGCUCUACGACCAGCACGAAGAGUUGAUCUAGUCGAAAUGGCAGAGGAGCAAGCUCUAACAACCAAGGGAAUUCUCUGCACAGACUCAAAAGGUGGAUACGAUGCUGUUGAGGUGAACGAGUCACCACUGCUUGGACUUUCAAAUUUGCGUGCGGCCUUACAGGCCUUCCAGCUCCGUGACAAUCUCCAACGAGUUGGAUGCUAUCUUCGCUGGUUGGCAUCAGACUAUGACUUGGCCGAUGCCAUGACCAAAAAGCGCAUGGAUUCCAGAAUCGGCCUCACCAAGUUCCUCAAGACUUGGCUUUGGUCAAUAGCGUAUGAUCCAAAUUUCGUUGCCGCCAAGAAGAACCGAAAGAUUGGAAAGACAGCAGUUCAAAAAGUUGAUGAUGCACUUGGUGAACAUUUUUCUCCUCUCCGUGAAGAUCCUGUCAUUUCCCAUCACAAUUUAGCAGAUCUUGCAAUCAGUGCUGCUGAUGUAUUUCUACAGAAACUGCAGCGUGAGCUCGCAAUCAAUGCUGGAGCGGAACCUGAACAUUUGCAUGAUCUCGCAAUCAAUGCUGGUGAAGUACCAGAACAAGCUUUGCAGCCUGAUCUCGCAAUCAUUGCUCGUGAUUUACCUGCGGACGAGCAUGCGCUGAGUGCUGCAGCUAACCCUGGCCCUGUGAGCCUUUCUGAGCGAGGCGAUGCUGAUCUGACUUCUUUUGCCCCCCGUGCAGGUUUGGCAUGUCACAUAGGAUCAGAUCAGCACAUUCAUAGAUCAGAUGAGGCACCCUUGGAGAAGGGAACAACCACAGGUGGACAAGAACCCUUGGAGAAGGGGCAAGCAGCACCAGCUGUUGAACAGGCCACACCUUUGAGAAAGGGAAAGGUCAUGGUUGAUUUCCAUUGGACCCUGGAAGUCGAUGGGAAGAUCACACCUGGAAACAGGAGAAAAGAAGUGCUUGCCACUCUUGAAAAAGAGGAUUGGUUCACCAAGGUGACCUUCAUCAGCACUACAGAAAGAAGUGGUGCUGGUGGGAAAGCAGCCCUGUGCAACCAAUAUGGCUGCACCACCAUCUUUGAGGAUGGGAUGGACAUCCUCAAGGAAUGCCACCAACAGGGCAUUGAGGUCUACUGCAUCAGGACAAACUAUGAAGAAGCACUUGAAAAAGUGAAAGGCAUGCAGUACCUCACAAAGCCUGCCUUCAAAGAAAAGGAAACACAGCUUUCAAAGUUGGAAACUGCACUUGGAAAAGUGAAGAAACAACUUGCAAAAGGUGACAAGGGAAAGGUCAACAUCACCAAAGAUCUCUUGAAAGAAGCUGUGGCCACCAUGUCAGAAGCCAAAGAGGAAGCCAAGGCACAGACCAACCAACCUGUGCAAAAUGAUUGCUACAAAUGCUUUGCCCACAAGGUGACCUUUGCAAAAUGGGCCAAGCAGCCUUUGCAAAAGGGGGAUGCAAGGUGUAAAGAGGCUGAGAGGUGGUUAGCAGAACAAGCAAUGCUGGAUGGCUGCACCCACCCAGAGGUUUGUGAUGUAGCAAGGGCAGGGAGCCAUGGCCUUUAUCCUGGCUAUGUGCACAGGGACCUCAUGGCCAGGUUUGUCAAGGGUGUUUUUGUGCCUGAGCCAAUGCAGGUCCCAGUCCAGCGUCUCAACCCCAAAUCCUUGAAAAAGGAAAAGGAAGAAGCAGCAGUGAUCCUUCCACACAUGCUAUUCUCCAGCUUGGCAACACUGCCCAACUUCAAU